AGUGCAACCGCAGAGUCUCGCGAGGACUGCUCCGGGUGUCCCGACUGAAGCCGCGGAGCGCGGGACUGUGCAGUGGGAACUGGUGGGGCGUUUCCGUUGUCGGCGUCUGGCUGGAGGAGCUGUAUACUGAAGACAAUGUCUGGAAGCUUCUACUUUGUAAUUGUUGGCCACCAUGAUAAUCCAGUUUUUGAAAUGGAGUUUUUGCCAGCUGGAAAAGCAGAAUCCAAAGACGAUCAUCGUCACCUGAACCAGUUCAUAGCUCACGCUGCUCUCGACCUCGUAGAUGAGAAUAUGUGGCUGUCGAACAACAUGUACUUGAAAACUGUGGACAAGUUCAAUGAGUGGUUUGUUUCAGCAUUUGUUACUGCAGGUCAUAUGAGAUUUAUUAUGCUUCAUGACAUAAGGCAAGAAGAUGGAAUAAAGAACUUCUUUACCGAUGUCUAUGAUUUAUACAUAAAGUUUGCAAUGAAUCCAUUUUAUGAACCCAAUUCUCCCAUUCGAUCAAGCGCAUUUGACAGAAAAGUUCAGUUUCUUGGGAAGAAGCACCUUUUAAGCUGAAUGCAGAAAAAUUCGGAAAUAAACAAUGUCACUGCAAUGGGGUAUACUCAGGAAUGUGUACAUUGUAAGUAACUUGAUUAAAUAGCCUGGAAAAGUU